AUGGCCGUGGCUCAAAUUUCCAAUUCCCUCUGCUAUUACACUUCCAUUCGAGAUGUAUUCGUGCCAACUCCGGCAAGGGUAAGUUCAACAGCUGGUUUAUCCCGCAAAUUUGGAACGGCCUUCGCCACCGGUUCUUCCAUCUUGAUUCAGAGACCUCGCCAAAAAAACCCUGCAACCAAAGCAACAUCAGUUUCCAUAAGAUGCGAGCAGAGCACUAAGGACAGCAACAGUUUGGAUGUAUGGCUUGGGCGACUGGCAAUGGUUGGCUUUGCAACUGCAAUUAGUAUUGAAAUAGCAACAGGCAAAGGACUUCUAGAGAAUUUUGGGCUCACGUCCCCCUUGCCUACUGUGGCCUUGGCUGUUACAGCUCUGUCGAUCUCUUCUUUCACUCUAAAAAUUACUAGCUUGCGAAACUUACGGCCAUGGCACAUUUUCGUUCUUUCUGUUAAUAUGUACUGUGUUGUGCACAAUCUCCUCCCCCUUGCAGCCUCCGAUGCAGCAUAUCCUCCUGCCUAUGUAAUUGAUUCCGCUGAGGAAGAUCUUGUCGAUACCCUUGAAGUGCAUGGAGGCGGUCAUAUCAUUGACAUCACCCACCGUUAUCAUCCAGACAUGCCUUCGUGGGAAUCUGAUGAGGGUACCGGCCAAUUCUUGUUGCUUCCGAAGAGCAUGAAGAAUGGGUCUCUGGGCUUCUGGCAAAUAAUUCCGAGAUGA